UCCGUGAAAGAGUGGAAGAUCAUUUCCGAGAUGGGAAGCUUCAUAGAGAUAAAUAUACGUUAUGCAUAUGUAUUUAUAUAAAAACCUGUUUCUAAUAAAACGCCACAGCAGCGUUCUACUCCUCAGUAUCGCUUGUACCGGCAGUAUCAUCGAACGUGGUCAUCAUGAGCGUUCUCGGAACGAAGUGGCUACUUCUUAAUGCCAUUUUAUUGUUUAACGUAGUAAUUCAAGAAAAUUCAGCACAAUAUAUUCCUCCAGCAGCGAGCGUAGAACCUCUUUAUCCAAAAGGAUUACGGAUGUCUAUUCCAGAUGAGGAUGGUAUUAGUUUGGUCGCAUUUCACGUAAAAUUUAACGACGAUUUCUACAGCCUUGAAGCGGGUACUAUUGCCAUUGACAUCAUAAAAAAAAGAAAUGGCCGUUGGACAUAUGAAGAUAGAAGCACGAGAUUAAAACGAGGCGACAAGAUUUAUUAUUGGCUCCAUGUCGUUUACGAAGGUCUUGGUUAUAAUUUACUUAACCAAGAGUACGAAGUCAAAGAAUUUUACAAUUACGAUGGAACUCCAGUGGACGGAGGUACCGCAGAUAACAUCACCUGUUCGACACCAUCGCAGACUAAAAUCUUUGAAGGUAGUUCGAUAAAUCAGCAGACGAAAGGAAAAACUAUCUGUCCAGGACAAACGAUCUUCGAAGAAAAUUUCGAUUUUCUUAAUACGAAUCUUUGGACGAACCUCGAGCGUUUUUCUGGCAUUCCGAAUUAUGAAUUUGUCGUAUACAUGAAGAAUAGCGACAACGUGGAAGUCAAAGAUGGUAUUUUGCAUAUUAAACCAACCUUCACCAAUGAUAAGUUUGGUCCCAACUUCGUUACAAACGGAAAUCUGACUUUGACGAGCUGUACAGGCGUAGCUAAUACCGAUGAUUGCAAACGGAAUGCAUUUGCAGCGUACAUUUUACCGCCUGUUAUAUCAGGACGAUUAAAUACCAAGUCAUCGUUCGCUUUCCAGCACGGACGCAUUCAAAUCCGUGCCAAAUUGCCUCGUGGUGACUGGUUAUAUCCUUUACUCACUCUAGAGAACAUAAACGAAAGUACACCAAAUUCGCCGCUCCAUUCUGACAUCAUAGUGGCUCAUUCAAACGGAAAUCCAUUCCUCAAAACGCGAAGAGGAGACGACAUUAGCGGGCACAUUCUCGUAGCUGGAGCUCAUGCGACGACCAUAAACCAACAUUCUCCACGUGAUAAUCGACUCAUGCUUCCUAAAAAGACUUCGACGAAAUUAUGGUCAGAUGAUUAUCAUGUGUACGAUUUGGAAUGGAAAAGCGAUCGAAUCACGCUCAAGGUUGAUGAAGAACAGUAUGGCGAUCAAGAAGUUCCACCAAGUUUGUUCAAUAAUCCGGCUUAUAUAAACAUCGGUCUAGCCGUAGGAGGUCACUUGGUCUUCCCAGACGGCUGCAUCAGCAGCGAGUACGCAAAGCCCUGGAGAGACGUCGAAUCGAAGGCACUCCUCAAUUUCUAUACAGCAGCAAACAAAUGGCAAGCAACCUGGAGGAACAGUGACACCGGUCUUCAUAUAGACUACAUUAAAAUCCUGGCUGUCUGAUUCCAUUUUUCACUUUGAUUGAGAAACACAUUUAAUCACUCCUUUCU